AAAGCAAGAAAAACGAGCGACGUUUCUUUCCCAAAUUUGGCUUGGACUCCUCGUGCCCUUGCAAAUAAGACGUGUCGUUUGCCAUUGAAAACGCGCAUUCGCAUUUCUUUACUUUUUUCCUUGUUCAUGGGUUUUGGCCUACGCCUCCUCUGCCUUUGACUCCUCUCUCUCUCUCUCUGUAUCUCUCUCAACGUUUACAUUCUUUAAAUCUUCUUUGAAAUAGAAAACCAAAACCCGGAAAAACUCAUUUUUUUAAAAAUCAAAACCAAAAAAAAAAAGUUUUGAAAGUUUAAGAGACAGAGAGAGGGAGAGGUUGUUUGUAAUUGUGAAGGAUGACGGAUCUAAGGAGAUUGGCGUUGGCGGUUGUGACGGUGGCGGUGACGGUGGUGGGUGAAUUUGGUUGUUGUAGUGUCGGAAACGUGGUUACUUUUGAUGUAAAACAUAAAUUUGCAGGUAAAGGAAAGAAUUUAAGUGCAUUGAGAGCUCAUGAUAUCCGUCGUCAUGGUAGACUUCUCUCUACUGUUGAUAUCGAUCUCCCUUUAGGUGGCAACGGACAGCCUUCUGAAACUGGGCUUUAUUUUGCUAAAAUAGGAUUAGGAAAUCCAUCAAAGGACUAUUAUGUGCAAGUUGAUACUGGAAGUGACAUUCUAUGGGUGAAUUGUGCUGGAUGUGACAAGUGCCCCACAAAAAGUGACCUUGGUAUAGAAUUAACACUAUAUGAUCCAACGAAGUCCUUCAAUUCAAGCCUGGUUUAUUGUGAUCAAGAGUUUUGUUCUUCAACAUAUGAUGGUCCACUCCCUGGUUGCAAACCCAAUCUUCAGUGUCAAUAUAGUGUUGUUUAUGGUGAUGGAAGCUCAACGGCUGGAUACUUUGUAAAGGAUGUCAUACAACUCCAGCAGGUGACUGGAAACCUUCAGACUAGAUCUAUGAAUGGGACUGUUGUAUUCGGGUGCGGUGCUAAACAAUCUGGGGAAUUAGGUUCAUCAAGUGAAGCACUAGAUGGGAUACUUGGAUUCGGACAAGCAAAUUCAUCUAUGAUUUCACAACUAGCUGCGGCUGGAAAAGUGAAAAAAAUGUUUGCUCACUGUUUGGAUAAUAUAGAUGGAGGUGGAAUCUUUGCAAUUGGUGAAGUGGUAUCACCAAAAGUGAAUACAACACCUAUGGUCCCGAACCAGUCACAUUACAAUGUUGUAAUGAAGGCAGUUGAGGUUGGUGAUGCUCUACUAAAUCUUCCAAGUGAUAUUUUUGCCAAUGGAGAUCAAAAAGGAACAAUAGUUGAUAGUGGUACAACCUUAGCAUAUCUUCCAUCCGCAAUUUAUGAACCACUAAUGUCUAAGAUUGUCUCCACGCAGCCUGGACUGACAUUGCAUACCAUAGAGGGCCAAUUUGCUUGUUUUCAGUUUGGAUCUAAUGUUGAUAACGGAUUUCCUGCUGUAAGGUUCCAUUUUGAAGAUUCCCUUGUUUUAACAGUUUAUCCCCAUGACUAUCUGUUUCAAAUUCGCGAAGAUAUUUGGUGUUUUGGUUGGCAAAACAGUGGAAUGCAAUCUAAAGAUGGCAAAGAUAUGAUUCUUUUGGGAGAUUUGGUGCUUUCAAAUAAGUUGGUUAUUUAUGAUAUUGAAAAUCAGACCAUUGGAUGGACUGAAUACAACUGCUCUUCAAGCAUCAAGGUAAUGGAUGAACAGUCAGGGACAGUGUAUUCUGUUAGUGCCCAUGAUAUUGGUUCAGCUUCCAGUUUGACAAUUGGAGGAAUUCUAACAUUAUUGUCUAUACUAAUUGCUUUACUGCACAGUUCUAUAGCUUAGAUUGUUGGAACCAGUACAGCCAUUCUUUGGUUCUGUUGUACCAUAGUUUUUUUUUUUUUUAAUGAGAAUGUUUGGUUUUUAGUUGUUUAUUUUGCAACUCAGAGAUCCCACGUUUUCAUUAAUUUUAUAAAGAUAUAUUUUUUUGAAAACUGUAUUUAUUUGCUGCAAAUAAACUUGUUAGUUCAUGCUGCAGAGUGCCACGUACAAUUCUGGAAUAUCAACUGCAUUAAGUUGUCUUCAUUUUAAGUUUUCGAUUUGUUUAGGUCAUCGGUAUCUGAUGAAUAAUAAAAUCGUUUCCAUUAGUGUAAUAGGCAUUUUUUUUUAUUAAAAUUGU